CACAGCAGCCACAUGCACCAAGGAAACCAAACUAUUGUCUCUGAAUUCUUCCUUCUGGGACUCACAGUGGGAUGUGAACAGCAGCAGAUUGUCUUCAUAUUGUUUCUAUGCAUGUAUCUGAUCACCAUGGUAGGAAACUUACUUAUCAUCCUGGCCAUUGUCAGUGACACUCACCUCCACAGCCCCAUGUACUUCUUUCUUGCCAACCUAUCUUUCACUGACAUCUGCUUCACAACCACAACAGUCCCCAAGAUGUUGGCAGACAUUCGUAGCCAACAUCCAACCAUCUCCUUUGAAGGAUGCCUUACACAAAUGUAUUUUUUUAUGCUCCUGGUAGACCUGGACAAUUUUCUCCUGGCAGCCAUGGCAUAUGAUCGGUAUAUUGCCAUCUGUCACCCAUUACACUAUGUUACUUUACUGAAUACAAAGCAAUGUGCCUUUUUGGUUGUGAUUCCUUGGGUUGUCUCCAACCUUGUCUCUGUACUGCAUCUGAGUCUGCUGAGCCGCUUGACUUUUUGCAAUCAGAUAGAAAUACCUCAUUUCUUCUGUGACCUGGAACCAGUAUUAAGGCUUGCUUGUUCAGAUACCAAAAUCAACUACUUGAUGAUCUUUGCCAUUGGGGGAGCAGUUAUCUUCUUCCCCGUCACUUUCAUUCUUGUAACCUAUGCUUUUAUUGGAAGCACUGUGCUUAGGGUUCCAUCCACCAGAGGAAAGUGGAAAACAUUCUCCACACGUGGCUCCCAUCUCUCAGCUGUGGCCCUCUUUUAUGGAUCCAUUGUUGGAGUCUACUUUCUCCCUUAUUCUGCCUACUCAGCAGAAAGGGGUAAGGUAUCUGCUAUCAUGUAUACAAUUAUAACUCCCAUGAUGAACCCCUUUAUCUAUAGUCUAAGGAACAAAGACAUGAAAAGAGCACUGAGGAGACUAUUUAGCAGCAAAAGUUUUUUCUGGAGUUGGUGA